AAGAAAAUGUCAGUCAGCAUGCAUGAAAAUCGCAAAUCUAGGGCCAGUACUGGCUCCAUAAACAUAUACUUGUUCCACAAGUCAUCCUAUGCUGAUAGUGUCCUUACUCACCUGAACCUUCUGCGUCAGCAGCGUCUCUUUACAGAUGUACUUCUCCAUGCUGGGAACAGGUCAUUCCCCUGCCACAGAGCUGUUCUAGCUGCUUGUAGCCGCUAUUUUGAAGCAAUGUUCAGUGGAGGAUUGAAGGAGAGCCAGGACAGCGAAGUUAACUUUCAUAAUUCGAUUCACCCGGAAGUCCUGGAGCUUCUUCUGGACUAUGCAUAUUCCUCCAGGGUUAUCAUCAACGAGGAGAACGCAGAGUCGCUGCUAGAGGCUGGUGACAUGCUGGAGUUCCAGGACAUUCGGGAUGCUUGUGCAGAAUUUCUGGAGAAAAACCUUCAUCCCACCAACUGUCUCGGCAUGCUGCUGCUGUCGGACGCUCACCAGUGCACCAAGCUGUACGAACUCUCCUGGAGGAUGUGCCUUAGCAACUUCCAGAGCAUCAGUAAAAGCGAGGACUUCCUCCAGCUGCCGAAAGACAUGGUAGUGCAGCUCCUUUCCAGUGAAGAAUUAGAAACCGAAGACGAAAGGCUCGUGUAUGAAUCUGCUAUCAACUGGGUCAACUAUGACCUGAGUAAGCGUCACUGUUACCUGCCCGAGCUAUUGCAGACAGUGAGAUUGGCCCUCUUGCCAGCCAUAUACCUUAUGGAGAAUGUGGCCAUGGAAGAACUUAUCACCAAGCAAAGGAAAAGCAAAGAGAUUGUAGAAGAGUCCAUAAGAUGCAAGUUAAAGAUCUUGCAGAAUGAUGGGGUAGUCACUAGUUUGUGUGCCAGACCCCGUAAAACUGGCCACUCUCUUUUUCUUUUGGGUGGCCAGACCUUUAUGUGUGACAAGCUGUACCUGGUGGACCAAAAGGCAAAAGAGAUCAUUCCAAAGGCUGACAUACCAAGUCCACGGAAGGAGUUCAGCGCUUGUGCCAUAGGCUGCAAAGUGUAUAUCACUGGGGGACGAGGGUCAGAAAAUGGAGUCUCCAAAGAUGUGUGGGUGUAUGACACCCUUCAUGAGGAGUGGUCGAAGGCUGCUCCCAUGCUGGUGGCUAGGUUUGGGCAUGGCUCUGCUGAACUCAAGCACUGUUUGUAUGUAGUAGGAGGACACACCGCAGCAACUGGUUGCCUUCCAGCUUCCCCUUCAGUAUCCUUAAAGCAAGUAGAACAAUACGACCCCGUGACCAACAAAUGGACCAUGGUUGCCCCACUGCGAGAGGGAGUAAGCAAUGCAGCUGUAGUCAGCGCAAAGCUGAAGCUGUUCGCUUUUGGAGGUACCAGCGUUAGCCAUGACAAGCUGCCCAAAGUUCAGUGCUACGAUCAGUGUGAAAACAGAUGGACGGUACCAGCCACCUGCCCCCAGCCCUGGCGCUACACAGCUGCAGCUGUUCUGGGUAACCAGAUUUUUAUUAUGGGUGGAGAUACCGAAUUCUCUGCGUGCUCCGCUUAUAAAUUCAACAGUGAGACGUACCAGUGGACUAAGGUGGGAGAUGUGACAGCUAAGCGAAUGAGCUGCCACGCAGUGGCAUCUGGAAACAAAUUGUACGUGGUUGGAGGCUACUUCGGCAUUCAGAGGUGCAAAACGUUGGACUGCUACGACCCCACGUUAGAUGUAUGGAACAGCGUAACAACUGUGCCCUAUUCGUUAAUUCCCACAGCAUUUGUCAGCACAUGGAAGCACCUCCCCUCGUAAUUGUGUGUACGUUGCAAUUACAAAUUAUCAGUUUACUCCUUUAUUUGGACAAGAGAAUUGGAACCUCAGAUCUGGAGAAAUGGUUUUAAUGAAGAAAAAUCGUUCAGCAUCUCUUGCAUUUGAAGAAAAUCAUCCGCACCUUGUAAAUUACCUAACCUAGACAUGAAGGAAUGGGAGGAAAAAAACCUGUCUUCAGUGCUUCAGCGUGGUUUAACUAUGAAUGGAUGAACCUAUGUUCUUGUCCUUGUGCUAGUAAUUGUGGAUUAAUGCCAACAUUAAUCAGUCCUUCAAAGGCGGAAGAAAAGAGACACAACUUCUGAGCUGUG